GGAUGGAGUCAAGGUUGAGAUACAUCACUAUGGGUCUAGGGGCCUUAUUUGCUGCUGGGAAAAUAGCAGAUUUGGACUGUUUUGGUGGGCAGUGAGGCCUUAUCUGUUGGAUCUGUGGUGGAAUUAACUAGACAGCAAAAAUCCAGUGGUUUCAUGCCUUCACCCCAGUAGCAAAUAUCAAGUUUUGGACCAUAGUGCAUACCCAAGUGGGAGACUUAUCUACUCCCUUUCCUAUCUGUUUACCGAACGAAGGGAUGGAUAUUUUGGCUGUGUGAGAUAGACUAAAUGCAGUGUAUUUGAGCUGUGGUUAUGAGCCUAUGUGGUGUGGGUGCAUGGGAGCCACGUACAAUAGGUCAUGCAGUGCUGGCAUUCCCACGGUUCUCCUACAUCAGGUCUGAGUUGAGCUCCAUACCCUGCCUACACAUUCAGUUGUACUUGUCCAUAUCCAGUACCCUUCGCUUGGGUUCAGUAAAGCUUCCCCUUGCCCUCAGGUUUUAGCUCGAGACCACUGCAAACUUGCACGCCAUCUUCCUGCCAGUGGUGACCAUAGCAGCAGUUUACAUCCUCACCAUGGCCAAGAUUCGUCGGAGGUUGUCUCGGUCGUGUGGUGCCCGUUCCUUGUUCCUCAUAGAAUUCCCAGAAGAAGAUGAAAUUCAAGAAGUAGUUUCUAAAAAGGAGUUUGCUCCAGUGCCUAUUCAGCAAGUGGAUGGAGCUAUCUAACUGGUUAUUGGGUAGAAAGGUCUUGAGCCUCUUCACUGCAACAAAGGUGAUGAGGAGUACUCUAUGUGUUCGUGAGGCUGGAGGGCGCUUCCAGUUCUAGAGGAGGAUUAGUUAGGCUUAUGUAUAAGCUUUGGAGGGUUCCUACCUUCCUGCUAUUGUAAUAAGUUAUGCACUUUGAGUAUAUCAGGACUUGUAAUAAAUGUAACUCUUCCUAUGUAAUAACCUUCAGUUUUAGAAAUAAAAAGAAUGUUUUGU